AUGGCGAACUUUAUCGUUGUUAUAAAUAAAGGAGAAGUUCAACACCAUGAACAUAGGUUGAGGCUGACGUUUACUCAACGGACAACAGUGGUUGAAACAACUGAUACACUUUUCCCAAUGAAUAUCUUUGAUUUGCGACCAUAUGAUCAAUUGAUAAAUAAUGUUGACGUGAACGAGACUGAAUUAUUUGAUGUCAUUGGAGAAAUUGUCAAUUUCAGUGAGGUACAUACGCAAAACCAAGGUGGAAUUUCUAGGAAAUUUAUGAAUAUUGAACUAGAAGAUGACGAGAGGAAGAAGUUGUCUGCUACAUUUUGGGGCGAGUUUGUUGAUGAAAUUAUACCUCAUCUGCUAAGUGCUAACAACCAGCCUAUUAUUGUUGUUAUGCAGCUCAUAAAAGCCCAUAAAUAUCAAGAUUCAUGUUCUAUGCGCAAUACUUGGAAUGCAUAAAAGCUGUGGAUUAAUCCAAAAUUUCCUCAAUCUGAUGAAUUUAAAACACGGU